CUAGCUGUAAGUUACAGUCUUGCUCCAGAAACUAGAUUUCCAGGAGCUCUUGCCGAUGCAGUACAGGCCUAUUUUCACUUGAUAUCGAUGUAUAAAGUAAAGCCUAGCCAAAUAGUUAUUGUGGGGGAUUCGGCAGGAGGCGGUUUAGCCAUGUCGCUUUUAAUUUACCUUCGUGACCAUUGUUAUCAGCUUCCAGAAGCUUCUAUUUUACUUUCACCCUGGGUAGAUCUCACAUAUGGUCAUCAAAGCUGGCUAAAAGCAGAAAUGUAUGAUACUUUACCUCCACGUCCGCAUAUAAAUGCUCUUGUAAAUCCAGCGCGGUUGUACCUAGGACCGGACCAAUACCGCAGAUUGAGUAGACACCCAUACGCUUCACCAUUAUUUGCGAAUAACUAUGACAAUCUACCACCAAUAUUGAUUCAAUCAGGUGGCAGUGAAACAAUGACAGAUGAAGUACGAUCAUUUGCCGAUAAAUUUGCAGAGUGUAAGAAUACCAUGUCCAAACAUGAAGAAUAUGAGGACAUGAUUCAUGACUUCCAAGCAUAUCCUAUUAAAAAGGCCAGGGUGGCGUUUUUGAAUAUGCAAAAGUGGAUUCAAUUUGAUAUAAAACAACCGAAGGAAUUAUAUUGCGCAAAAAAAGAAACAGUUAAAUAA